AAAGAGCAUAUAAAUAAAUAACAAAUCAGCAGAAACCAAAGUCAUUUAGUGCAGAAAAAAUGGCUCGGUCAGCAGUGAUAUUUUAGUUUUAUCAGUUUUCCUAAUUGCUGCCAGAUCGGCAGUAAUUCAAGACGAUCUGCCGACUAAUUACGAAUAUUUCACCGGGAACGGUAUCUCCAGUGGUUUGAAUGCCGAUCAAAAAUAUUUCACGCUCAACGGUAAGAAUAUCACCAUCUUCAGUGGAGCUUUUCAUUAUUCCCGAGUACAUCCAUCGCAAUGAAGAGACAGAUUGAGGAAAAUGAGAGCUGCAGGUCUAAACACAAUCGAGACUUAUGCGGCUUGGAAUUUGCAUGAAUAUCAAUCAGGUCUGUAUGAUUUUGGUAGUGGAGGUUCAGACUUUGAAGCAUUUCUGGACAUUGUCAAAUUUAUCAAAAUAGCCCAAGAAGAAGACUUGUUCGUCUUGUUGGUUGAAAACGAGUACGGCAACACUGGAAAUAGUGAUCCUGACUAUUUACAUUCAUUGACCCAGAUAUACAGAGAUAAUGGUAUCAAGGAACUCUUGUACACCUCAGAUCCACCAGGUGCAGGAAGUAGAGGAGCACUGCCUAAUGAGCUUCUGAUGACCGCCAACUUUAAUUCUGAUGUAAAGGGGAACUUGGAUAAGUUGGAUACUCUACAAGCCAACAAACCAACAAUGACAAUGGAAUUUUGGUCAGGUUGGUUUGAUCAUGUUAGCGAAGAUCACCACACAGUUUCAGUAGAUCAAUACAAGCAACUCUAUGAACAGAUCUUAACUCAUCCAGCUUCUGUUAAUAUUUACAUGAUUGUGGGUAGUACCAAUUUUGGUUUCCUUAACGGAGCAAACAGCUUGUACCCUGGAUUAAACAAUUCUGGAUUGCAACCAGAUGUUACCAGUUAUGACUAUGACUCACCAAUUUCUGAAUCCGGCGAAAUUACUGACAAAUUCACUGCCACUGCAGAACUAGUAUCUAAAUACAAUCCAGUCAAAUCGAAACUUCCUGCUAUUCCGGAAACUCAUGAAAGAGUGACUUUUGACGAUAUUAAGAUUGAACAACAGAUUUUACUAUCAGAAAUCAUCGAUUCUUUCCCAAACAAAAUCGCAAGUGAAAACAUUGUUUCUAUGGAACAAUUGCCAAUUAACAAUAAUUCAGGCCAAGCAUUUGGAUAUAUUGUUUACAGAAAAACAAACCUUAAUUUAAACGCCAAUGCACUAUUGCAAAUUACUGGAUAUGUGAGGGACCACGUUUUGGUUCUUCUCAAUGGAAAACUACUAACGCCAGUGCUUUCCAGUAAAGACGAUCUCAACAAAUUUGGAUAUUGGAGAGUUAAGGACAGUUCAAUAACUCUAACAAACGAAGCGUUAGAAGGAGCUACAUUAGAUCUGGUUGUGGAAAACAAUGCAAGAAAUAACUAUGGAGGCCUGGAUCAGUUCCAACAAUUUAAAGGGCUAAUUGAAGAUGUUUUGAUUGACGAUGAAGUAAUCAAAAGUUGGGAGAUCGUUCCUUUGGAAUUUAAAAAAUCUUGGAACAAACAACUAACAGGCUGGCAUGAAGUGCAACAAACCAAAGCCACACCUGCUUUAUACAGGGUAACUUUUAAUGUUGAAGCUCCUUUAAGAGGCACCUACGUCAACGUACAAGAUUGGAGGAAAGGCAUAGUUAUAAUUAACGGAUUUGUCUUAGGAAGAACUUUUGCAGUUGGAUCCCAGCAAGCUCUUUAUCUUCCUGCUGGAUUAUUGCAAGAAGGCCAGAACGAAAUUAUUGUUUUCGAGCAUUUUAAUGCUCCAGAGUAUGUUAAGUUUUCGAAAGAUCCUAUUUGGGGAGUCGGUACCCAUAUCAAUUAGAUAAUUUGAUUUUAAUAGAUGAAUUCAUGUGAA